GGCACGAUACCGAACUCAGAGCUAGAGAGACAAACCGUAAGAGAGAGAGAGAGAGAGAGAUCCGAGGAGACAGAAAGAAGAGAGAGAGAGAGCAAUGGAGUCGCCGCCUGAUAACGACGUCUGCUCAGUUUGCCACGACAGCUUCAGCCUCCCUUGCCAGGCCAACUGCUCCCAUUGGUUCUGCGGACAGUGUAUACUGAGGGUGUGGCAUCAUGGGUCUGCACUUCAGGCCUGCAAAUGUCCCAUUUGUCGCCGUUUUAUUACUUUGCUGAUACCUGCUGAGGUUGCACAGCGUCAGCAUCAUGAUCCGGAAGCUAGUCGAGUUCUGCAAGAAAUAGAGAAAUAUAACCGUGUGUUUGGCAGAGGCUCGAAUAGCCUCAUGCAGAGAUUGCGAGACCUUCCAUUUUUUGUUCGAAGAAUGCUAAGAGAACUGAUGGAUCCGCAGAGAUCCCUUCCUUUUGUUUUUAGGGCACGGAUGAUUUUUGCAAUGGUUCUAAGUGGAGUAUAUGUACUGAGCCCUGUGGACAUUCUUCCAGAAAGAGUUCUGGGGCUGGUAGGUUUACUAGAUGAUUUCCUCGUAUUGCUAAUUGUUUUUCUCCAUCUGGCUGCUAUAUACCGGUCUUUGCUUCUUCAUCGACACGGAGGCUAUUGAAAUACCCAGUCACUGGAUUAUCAUGCUUCCAUAAUUGGAGAAGUUUUUGAUAAUUCUGUACUCAGUUUUCAUAAUCUGAAGCUAAAAGAGUAUUAAGAUGAGACGUAUUCCUGUAAUUUCUAAAGCCAAAUGUUAUUUUGACGACUGGCACCCACCUGUAGCUCAUUGACAAAACACUGUAACCUGAGUUAUUAUGUUGUUCACUCCACUGUGAUACCCAUGAUCCGGGGUCCUUGUUCUUUAAACAUCACUGUUGCAGUCGAUGUGUGUAUAAAGUAGAACACGGAUGUUAAAGUUUGGCUAUGGAACUCUCAACUUGGUUCUCAUUUUCUUUA